AAUAGCCCUUCAAUCUUAUUCCUUUACCGUGCUCUUGUUUUUUGACGGACAGACACGACCGCCCUCUUCCUCCUCCUCCUCCUCCUUCUUCCCCAGCUCUCUCUUUCUCUCUCGUCUCUAAUUUCCACACUUGCUUUUCCUCUCGUCCAAACAAACAGGUCUCCAGAGAAAUAGAGAUCCUAAUUUCCAAGAACGCCGAGCUCGGCCGGCCAUCUCCACUUCAAGAUUGUACCUAGGCCCUAGCUUUCUCCUUCUCCAAAAUUCAAGCCAGGAAAGCCAAAUUUCUCCACAGUCUUGGAAUGACAGCUUCAAGUUUGUUUGUGUGCGUGGGGUUGUGUGCAGAUUGUGAACUCUACUAGGUUUUCUAAGUAGUAAUGGUGCUAUUUCUAUAGUCAGUUUGAUAUGGAUGUUCAAGUGAUUGAUGUACGAGCAGUAGGGCAUGGUGGAAUGGGAGAUGACGGUGAUGCCGAACGUAGUGAAGGUGGAGAAGUGAAUAAUGGUGAAAAUACUCAGGCUCAUGACGAGGAGGGGGAGAUUCCUGAGCCAUAUGUGGGUAUGGAAUUUCACUCCGAAGAUGCUGCCAAGAAUUUGUAUGACGAAUACGCCAGACGUCUGGGUUUUAACUCGAAAGUUGGUCAAUCUAGUCGUUCUAAUCCUGACGGAACAACCACUGCCCGUGAGUUUGUGUGUGGCAGAGAGGGUUUGAAAAGAAGACAUGCUGAUAGUUGCGAUGCGAUGCUUAGGAUAGAGUCUAAGGGUCCGGACAGAUGGCUUGCGACAAAGUUUGUCAAGGAGCAUAGUCAUGCAUUAGUGAGUCCUGGUCCCGUGCAUUAUCUCAGGCCUCGCCGGCAUUUUGCUGGUGCUGCCAAGAACGUGGCUGAAGCAUAUCAAGGGGUGGGGAUUGUUCCCAGUGGUGUUAUGUAUGUCUCCAUGGAUGGAAACCGUGCAUCUGUAGAGAAAAACCGUUUAGUUAGGAAUACUUCAUCUGCAGAAUCAAAUCGGCAAGUUAAAAAUGCUGCUGCAGUAAAUUCUAUUCGGCCAUCUACUCGAAGGAGGACAUUAGGGAAGGAUGCUCAGAAUUUGCUGGAGUAUUUCAAGAAAAUGCAGGCUGCGAACCCUGGUUUCUUUUAUGCCAUACAACUUGAUGAAGAUAAUCACAUGGGUAAUGUGUUUUGGUCGGAUGCAAGGUCAAGAGCAGCUUACUCUCAUUUUGGUGAUGCUGUUACGCUUGAUACGACAUACAGAGUAAAUCAGUAUAGAGUGCCAUUUGCUCCAUUUACCGGAGUGAACCAUCAUGGUCAGACAAUUUUGUUUGGUUGUGCAUUACUCCUAGAUGAGUCAGAAGCAUCUUUUAUUUGGUUAUUCAAGACAUUCCUUACCGCAAUGAAUGAUUGCCCACCUGUAUCUAUUAUGACUGAUCAAGACAGAGCCAUACAGACAGCAGUUUCUCAGGUGUUUCCGGAAGUUCGCCACUGCAUUAGCAAGUGGCAUGUUUUGAGAGAAGGCCAGGAAAGGUUGGCUCACGUAUGCCAUGCACAUCCCAAUUUUCAGGUGGAACUUUAUAAUUGUAUCAAUUUGACUGAAACGAUUGAGGAGUUUGAAUUGUCUUGGGGUUGUAUCCUUGAUAAGUAUGAUCUCAGGAGAAAUGAUUGGCUUCAAUCGUUAUAUAGUGCUCGUGCUCAAUGGGUACCUGUGUAUUUCCGGGAUUCCUUUUUUGCCACCAUAUCUCCCAAUCAAGGGUAUGAUGGUUCCUUCUUUGAAGGCUAUGUGAAUCAGCAGACCACAUUACCAAUGUUCUUUAGGCAGUAUGAAAGAGCAUUGGAGAACUGGUUUGAAAGGGAAGUGGAAGCUGACUUUGAUACAAUCUGCACUACACCAGUAUUGAGAACACCAUCGCCCAUGGAGAAACAGGCAGCCAAUCUGUAUACAAGAAAAAUUUUUGCAAAAUUUCAAGAAGAGCUAGUUGAAACAUUUGUGUACACAGCAAAUAGAAUUGAAGGUGAUGGAGCUAUUAGCACAUUCAGAGUUGCAAAAUUUGAGGAUGACCACAAGGCCUACAUCGUUACAUUAAACUAUCCUGAGAUGAGAGCCAACUGUAGUUGUCAAUUGUUUCAGUAUUUAGGUAUUCUCUGUAGACAUGUUUUAACAGUCUUUACAGUUACAAAUGUGCUUACACUACCUUCCCAUUACAUUUUGAAACGAUGGACAAGAAAUGCAAAGAAUGGAACUGGCCUAGAUGAACGUAGUGGUGAGUUGCAUGACCAAGAUUCUCUGACAUUACGGUAUAACAAUCUGUGUCGGGAAGCCAUUAGAUAUGCAGAGGAUGGGGCUACUACUACAGAAACUCAUAAUGCAGCAAUGACUGCUCUUCGAGAUGGUGGGAAGAAGGUUUCUGUUGUGAAGAGAAAUGUAGCUAAAGUUGCACCUCCUAGCUCUCAGGUUACUGGGACGGGCUAUGAGGACAAGAAAAACUCUACAUCAAAUUCAGAUAUGACCCCUUUGUUGUGGCCACGCCAAGAUGAAGUUAUGAGGCGAUUUAAUCUUAAUGAUGCUGGUGCACCAGCUCAAACUGUUUCUGAUUUGAAUUUGCCACGAAUGGCCCCGGUUUCCCUUCUACGGGAUGAUGGUACUCCUGAGAAUAUGGUGGUACUUCCGCAUCUUAAGUCAAUGACUUGGGUUAUGGAGAACAAGAAUUCAGCACCAGGAAACAGAGUAGCUGUCAUUAACCUCAAGUUGCAAGAUUAUAGCAGGACUCCAUCAGCAGAAUCAGAGGUUAAGUUUCAGCUCUCAAGGGUUUCAUUGGAGCCAAUGUUGAGGUCUAUGGCCUACAUUAGUGAUCAGCUCUCAACACCAGCUAAUAAGGUCGCUGUUAUAAAUUUAAAGCUUCAAGACACAGAGACAACUACAGGGGAGUCAGAGGUAAAGUUUCAAGUGUCUAGGGAUACAUUAGGAGCCAUGCUACGAUCAAUGGCCUAUAUCCGCGAGCAGCUUUCAACCGCUGGCGAGGUCCAUUCAGAGUCCCAACCUAAAAAGCAGCGGAAGUAAGGGCGUUUUGUGUGCUUACUUCCCAUAUUGUACCCCAAGGUGCAUCUCCACCUGGAAAGAAGACGGCGUAGCAGGUUCAGGAUGCUCGUAGUUCCACAUUUAAUUGAAUAGUCCUCCGUUCCUUUAUGUGUAAGCUUGUUGUCAACAUUUUGUAUAUGUAUUGAAUCCAAUUUGAGAAUCCAAAGCAUCAUAGAGAUUUCAUAGGUGUAAUGUGGUUAAGAAUCUACGAGAUCCCAGAAUUAGAAAGCAACUUUAUUCAAUAGAAAUUGGCAGGGUUAAUUGUGAUA